CGGAGGGGCGGGGAACAGCGUGCAGUGCGCACCCUGUGAGUGUGAGCUUCUGGCGUGGAGCUGAAGAGGAGGAAAGGCAACAACCAGCGGUGGAAGAAGUCAAAUUAAUCUAUCAAUCAAAUAACUCACUUCUAUGAAUCACAAGUCCACCUGCAGUCAAGCAUCUCGGACACCUUGGAGGACGAAAUAAAUUAGGGCCCCCUUUUUUGUUUUUUUGUUUUUGUUUUUGUUUUAGAAGGGAAUCUGCUCUUCUUUGAGGCUGCAGCUGCCAACACCAGGAGCGAGGAUCUUAAUAUCGGACGCCUGCACGACCGACUGUGUGCAAAUCUGCGCUGAUAAGAAUGCAUCAAAAUAACCACUUACCUGAACUGGUGGCUGAGAAAAACACUUUGGAGCCUCAGUACGGGCAUGCUCUACGCCUGCUUGCAGAAGAAAUUGAAAAGCGAGAAGGUGAUGAACUGCAAAAAGAUGGCAUAAUGAAGAAAUACCUUGAUAUUAUCAGCAAUAAAAAUAUCAAGCUGUCGGAAAGAGUUCUCAUCCCAGUGCAACAGUACCCAAAGUUUAAUUUUGUUGGAAAGCUGCUGGGGCCUCGAGGAAAUUCCAUGAAAAGGCUACAAGAGGAAACAGGAGUCAAGAUGUCCAUCCUCGGAAAGGGGUCCAUGAGGGAUAAAGGAAAGGAAGAAGAAUUAAGGAACAGUGGAGAGGCCAAAUAUGCACAUCUGAGUCACGAUCUUCAUGUUUUAAUUGAAGUCUUUGCUCCACCGGGUGAGGCCUAUUCCCGUAUGAGUCACGCUUUGGAGGAGAUUAAAAAAUUCCUUGUUCCAGACUACAAUGAUGAGAUCAGACAGGAGCAACUACGAGAGCUUUCACUGUUGAAUGGUUCUGAUGAGUCCAGCAGAGGCAGGAAUGGACAAGGAAGGAGCAGUCUGGCAACAUCCACUGUAUCCACCAGGGCCCGCAGGAACACAGGAAGGAGCACAGUAACGCCUCGAGGGACGGCCACCGCAACACACAGCAAGCUUGCUGCAUCUGUUUUAACGAGGGAGGCUCAAACCCCGAGAUCCAGGGGAGCACCAGUAACGGCAAUUGGAGGGUACCGACCUCCACAGUUAGCUGGCACACAUGACUCAUACGACGACUAUGGCUAUGACGAUGGAUAUGGCGGAGAAUACGAUGAUGACAGCUAUGAGGCUUAUGAUGAUAACUACAGCAAUCAGUCAAAGAGCGUCUCAGACUAUUACGAAUAUGGACAAGGAACAAAUGAUGAAUCCUACAACUAUGAGGAGGAGUGGCCCAAUUCCCGUCCCAGUCUCAAAGCUCCAGUUCUACAGCUGACAAGAGGGGGAUACAGAAAACAUCCCUAUGGUCGAUACUGAAGGUGCUCCACACGUGACCUGCAAUUUACUAUGUCUAAUUAUUUAUAAUUAUUUCAAACACUGUUUGUCCAUCCCAUUCAGAUAACCUCUUAAAGCAGUGGCUUUUCAAAGUGAGAUGCAACAGCUUGAGAAAAAUAAAGACAAAAACUCUUUAGCAAUAUAUUCAGGGCAAGUUAACUUAACUUGCUACAGUGAGUCUGGCGAAAGUAGAACCCUGCAUAAAUUAAAGGUCCCAUAUUUUGGUUAUUUAGACCUCUACAGAGUGACUCUCUAACAUGGACUUCGUAUAAAAGUGUCAAUUUCAUUUCAAAAAACACAUUGGUUUUGUCACACGAGUGUCCAGAAAAGGCCCCUCUGACAGCUACUUUGUUUGCCCAUAUUUGGCUAAGACCACUCCCUUUCCUCGGAUUGGUUGCCUUCAUGUAUAAGACCCACUUGUGAGAGCACAUGUGUUUGUUAUGUUGACAGCGCUGGCUUAGGAGUGGAGAGGUAGGCGGAGAGCUUCGCUAGCGACAAUAGAUAAGCUCAAGAAAUUCAAAUGACCUGAUUUCAGGCAGAAAAGCGUCUGGAACUCAGGAAAGCAUGCACAAUUUAGAUUCAUAUUUCACAUGUUUACUGAGGCACCAUAGAGCCAACAUAACACUAAAAAGUUGGUUUGGUAAAAUAUGAGACCUUUAAAUUCGGAAAAUCAGUGUGUCAGCGAGAUCAAAUGUAAUUAUUAUUGCUGAAAACUGAUGUAUGAUAAGUAGCACUAUGCACAGUGUGCCUGUUAUUCAUUAUUUUGGUGUCAGAAUCCGCUGUGCUAAGUAAAAAAAAAUAAAUAAAUCUUGAAAAUUUGUAAUGGGUUUUAGUUUUGUUUUUUUAAACGGACACAUUGAUAACACUUUGAAAUAAAUGAAAAAAUGAAAAAAACUGAAAAUGGCAAAUCUUUUAUUACAGUUUAUUUAUCUAUUUAUUUAUUUAUGUAUUUAUUUAUUUAUUGCCUCUACUCACAUGAUGAUCAAACACCCACAGUGCAACAAAAGGCACAAUAUUGUACCUCUGGUGGUGAGCAAUUUUGUGACUCGCCACUAAUUAAAAAGGAUUAAAAUCCACCCUCAAUCUUCAUGAAAAACAAAUGUGACCUCUGUACGCCGGUUUUAGUUUGCAAAGAUAGCUACCAUUUUGUAAUUGCAGGUUUGUGAUCACUGUAAGUAAUUGCAUGGUUUGCCAAAAACAUUAGGAAGGAAAAAGUAAAUCAAGGAAUAAAUUCAAAUCUACUGUAAAUGACCCCCAACCCCGGGUUUCCCUAUAUCUGAAGAUGUUGUAUUAAAUAGGGCUUGAUCCCGUAGACUAACUUUAGGUCUAAUCACAUCACUUUCAUUUACAACAGUUUUUCUCCUUGUGGUUGAAAUCAAUCAAGCAAUGUACAGUGUGUACUUUAUAAUAAGUGAUUUUCUUCUGUGUCCAAUCUGUCUUUGUACAUAGAGUAUUUAAUAAAAACAAAUAUAAACCCCAGCACCAUGUGUAAGACUUUCUAAAUAGAUGCCUAUGUACGUUUGUUUGUUUUUUUAGUUUAUUACGCUUGAAAAAUGUCAUGCUGAUAUACAAUUAAACAUUUGUAUGAUUUCCACUAACCUAUUGCAUUAACAACCAACUAAGCAAUCCUAUUCAUCAUUUAAAUGUAUGCUUAAACAUGCUUGAGUCUUAUAUGAUAACUUCCUUAUGAAGGAAUUGAUGUUUUUUUUUUUCCUUAAUCCAUCUUGUGAACUUUCACGUCAGUAAACAGACUGAUUGACACAGAAACAUGUGCUGUUAAAGAGGUAAGAAGUCCCGUUGUAUUGUGUCAUCUUAAAUAUUAAUACAAGCUGUAAAUUAAGAGCAAAACCAACAUACUUCUGAAUGUAAUUUCUGAGUCACAAAUUACAGCGUUUUUUUUUUUUUUUAUCUGCAGUCUUCUAUGUUUCUGUUAAUGUUUUUUUCUUUUCUUUUUUCUUGUCAUUGAGUUUGAGAUCUUGCAAUACAUCUUUUAAACAUCAUAGCAUCAUCGCUGCUGUCCAGUUAAACUCUAAACAGGUAUAAAAGCAUUGUGGUGGUCAAGGCGUAGGGGUCAUAAAACAGGACAAUGUAAAACACAGAAUCUACUCCAAGAGGGUGGGUUCAGUUACCGUCUUUGGUCACAAGAGCAGCGUGAAAUACUUGAAUCUAAAGCCCUCGGCGCAGAAUGCAACGUGAAAGAAGUGGACAAAGCCUUUCUGUUGACACAAAAACAACCAUUUUUUGGUUUGCGUAUGUUUGGAUGAGAUGAAAGUGACUGAGUUUGACUGGCAGUGACUUGCCGAGCACUAAAGCAAUGUAUUCAAAUUGCGGUCAGCAGACCAUCAGUGCUCCCUGGGAAAACCUCAAGUCGUCAGCCAGUAAUUUGAAUUGAGCGACACCUCUAAAACUGUAGGCAUGUAAUUUCACUAAAACAAAUAGAGUAUCACCUGACCCCGACAUACUUGUUAAUGGAGAAAAAAUGCAAAUUGUCAGCCAAUACAAAUAUCUUCGGUUAAUAAUAGAUUCACAGCUUUCCUUUAAACCCCAUAUUGACAAAUUGUGUAAAAAUAUCAAAUUAAACCUCGCAAAUUUUCGUGCAAUUCGGAAUGAAAUGUCAACUGAAGCUGCAAAAUUUACCUGCAUUCAAUGAUUCUUAGUCACUUUAACUAUUGCAUAACCAGUUGGUCCCAGGCUGGUCAGAAUGCAAGUAAUUAAAGUGAUGGAUAAAAAACCAAGGCACUAUCAUCACUGUGCAAUUUUAAAAAAAUACAGUCUUUUUAACUGGGACAGUCUUCACAUAUUUGCAGAUUUAAAUUUGAUUUAUAAAGUACUGCAUGAUUUGGCUGAGUUCAUCAGCCAAAGAAACAGCUCUGAGCGUGUCACUCGAGGCUCUGUCAGAGGUGACUGUCUCAUUCCGCUGCGCAGGAACACUUUCAGUAAGUCAGCCUGGUCAGUGAGGAGUGCUGGUGAGUGGAACUCAGUACCUGAGGAGGUUAAACUGCUUGCAACAUACAAGGCCUUCACAAAAAAACUGAAAAUGUGGCUAGUUAACACCUAUAGCUUCCAACACUAAAAGACAAGUAUGUUAUGUUGUUUUUUUUGUUAUGAUCAAAAAAAUUAUGGUUUUAUUCUCUCUUAAUAGUAUAGUUUGAUUAUGUAUCCUGUAUUAUAUUGUCUUGUAGAUGUAUUUUACUGCUUUUUUACAUCAUGGCCAGGGGACUACAGAUGAAAACUAGCCUUCUGGCUAUUUCUGGCUUUUUUAACCAUGUGUACUUCAUGUGUUUUAUGAAAUUGCAUUGUCCCCUUUCAAAAAUAA